AUGUCCUACAGACGCAAGAAGAGUCUCCUCAUCGGCAUCAACUAUGUUGGUAGUAGCCACGAACUGAAGGGCUGCCAUUCCGAUGUAGACAACAUGGCUGAAUUCCUUUCUUAUCGCGGCUACACUAACUCACACAAAGAUCGUGUCAUCUUGACUGAUCGUCCUGAAGUACCAUACGACUCACCCUACUUCCCUACAGGCCACAACCUCCUCGCAGCCAUGGAUUGGCUCGUCUCUGAACCUGGUUGCACGCUAUUUCUGCACUACUCAGGCCACGGCGGACAAAUUGCAGAUGUAGAUGGCAAUAGGACCACGGGUAUGGAUGCUUCGAUCGUUCCUGUGGAUUUCGAACAGCGGGGUCAGAUCUCCAGUACCAUUCUCCAUGAGCAUCUUGUUACCUAUAUGGCCCGUGACUGCACUCUCUUCGUCGUCAUGGACUGUUGCCACUCUGGUAGCGCACUCGAACUACCUUAUGUCUAUCGCUCCGAUAGCGACGGGCAGAUUAAUUUGAUGGACAACCUGAAAGCUGGGCUUAGGCUCGCCGACGAAGCUCGCGAUAUCAUCUCCGGUGGCUUCUCCUAUAGUAAAGUCGGCGAGGCGAAGGAGUUGCUUGCAGGUGCCAGCAGCUUCUUUAAGGGUCUGAAACAUUUCGGAGAAGAAGAGGAGGAAGGCCUGGAAAGCGGAGAAUUCGCGGGACAGUACGGGAGCGAACGGAAGAUGGUCACAAUGUUCUCUGGCUGUAGAGACGAUCAAACGAGUGCGGAUGCGCGCAUCCAAGGAGAGCCGACAGGUGCAAUGACAUGGGCGUUCUUGGAAAUGAUGAAGAGCGAUCAAAGUCCAAGUUAUGCUGAGACACUCAAGUUCAUAAGGAGAACGUUGGAUGAAAGUGACUACAAACAGAUUCCGCAGCUGAGUUCGGGAUUGGAUAUUGAUCUGGAUGAGAUGGCUUUGGUGCUUUGA